UGCGGGGGCCGCGGCGAGCGCUCGAGAAGUGCUGCGAGUUUUUACGGCGCGUUCGUCCAUUUGGCUCAGUCCUUUAAGUUGACCAAGGCGGCCCUUCAGCAGCCCGUCGUGUCGGCGAUGGCCCGACUUGGCGACCGUGCAGUGCUUCAGGGUGCAAUUGACGGACUUUGGCGGAAUUCCUUCACAGUCCUGCUGGGCACAGAACGGUUUCGCCUGGCAAGACGACCCGAGCGACCACAACCUGCCAUGGCACACCUGAGCCCAUUCCCAGAGUCCCCGGAAGACGUGGAGACGGAUGACUGCCUGCCCAGCUACUCGUACCUCUACAGCUCAGACCUGCUCAGGGGUCAGGUGGCCUUCAUCACCGGAGGAGGGUCUGGCAUCGGCUUCCGGAUUGCGGAGAUCUUCAUGCGGUCGGGCUGUGACACGGCGAUCGCCAGCAGGAACACGGACGUGUUGUUCCAGGCUGCCACGAAGCUGCGUGCUGCCACAGGACGCCGCUGCCUGCCACUCCAGCUGGACGUGCGCCAGCCCCAGACGAUCGAGACCGCCGUGGACGAGGCGCUCGGGGAGUUUGGGCGCAUCGACAUCCUUGUCAACAGUUAAUCCGCAGGAAACUUCUUGUGCCCCGCGAGCGAAUUGUCCUUCAACGCCUUCCGCACCGUCAUGGAGAUCGACACGAUGGGCACCUUUAACACCAGCAAGGUGGUCUUUGAGAAGUACCUGAAGGUGAGUGGCGUCACGACCCACGGCGGAGCGGUCGUCAACCAUCACUGCCACUCUGAGCUACAGGGUCAGGCACUGCAGGUGCAUGCGGGCGCUGCCAAGGCCGCAGUAGAUGCAAUGACGAGACACCUGGCAGUCGAGUGGGGACCAACAGAUGUGCGUGUCAACAGCCUUGCCCCUGGCAUCGUGUCUGGCACAGAGGGAUACCGCCGCCUGGGUGGCUCGUCGGCUGAGGCGGGUGGACUCGUCCACACCAUCCCAAUGAGGAGGACUGGCACCAAGACGGACGUGGCACACGGUGUGCUUUACCUGGGCCAGCGGGCUGCUGCUUAUGUGACUGGGGCCUGUCUGGUAGUGGAUGGCGGCAGCUGGCUCACCUCGGGCAACAGCGUCUCGGCAAUGCUGGUAUUGCGCCCCCCAGAUCCGCCAACCUCUGAGCCUGGUGCUGGCGGCAGUGGAGCCCACCUGGUCAUCAGUUAGUACUGCUGGCACAGCUCAUCACUUUGAUGUUUUCCUACACUGUCCCUGCUGGAGUGAGGUGGCACACAUACAGUACCAAGAUGUGCCUCUCGAAGUCUGCCUGAUGCCCAAAGGGGUGCCGCAGUGUUCAUGCAGUGGCCUCCCUGAUUGCAGGUGGUGCCCUCUAUUGGCACAGAAAUGGAGUCUGUGGCACUGUAAGGAUGACAUGGCUAAGUCUGACCUCCUGUCCUCAGAUUGUGUGGGUGACCCAACUUGAUUGGCGAAGAAGCCUGUCAGGCCUUAGCUGUGGCUAGCCGCGCUAUGCCAGCCGGUAGGGUGACCUGGUGCCAAUUCCUUAUGUUGCUUUGCCCCCCCCCCCCUGUUCAAUUUUUAAUCUUCAUAAAGUUUUACUUUUGUU